AUGCGCUUCUCUGCUCUUGCAACUUUGAACUCCGAAAGCAACUGCAAGCAUGAGACAUCUCCAUGCGUGCUUGUGAAAUUGGUCUGCUCUCAACCCCCAGAGUUAGACGUGGGAGCUUUUCUGGCCAAGAGAUCAGUCCACAACGACAACACGACAAUACACAUAUUCAUGAAUAUUGAUGACCUUGAAUUAGUUGAUGUGUCAGUUUCAGAGCGCGAACCACCGUCCCGCGCGAACCACCGUCCAGCGCGAACCACCGUCCAGCGCGAACCACCGUCCAGCGCGAACCACCGUCCAGCGCGAACCACCGUUCAGCGCGAACCACCGUCCAGCGCGAACCACCGUUCAGCGCGAACCACCGUCCAGCGCGAACCACCGUCAAGCGCGAACCACCGUCCAGCGCGAACCACCGUCCAGCGCGAACCACCGUCCAGCGCGAACCACCGUCCAGCGCGAACCACCGUCCAGCGCGAACCACCGUCCAGCGCGAACCACCGUCAAGCGCGAACCACCGUCCAGCGCGAACCACCGUCCAGCGCGAACCACCGUCCAGCGCGAACCACCGUCAAGCGCGAACCACCGUCCAGCGCGAACCACCGUCCAGCGCGAACCACCGUCCAGCGCGAACCACCGUCCAUCAAGCGCGAACCACCGUCCUCCGCGAACCACCGUCCAGCGCGAACCACGUCCAGCGCGAACCACCGUCCAGCGCGAACCACCGUCCCGCGCGAACCACCGUCUAGCGCGAACCACCGUCCCGCGCGAACCACCGUCCAGCGCGAACCACCGUCCAGCGCGAACCACCGUCCAGCGCGAACCACCGUCCAGCGCGAACCACCGUCCAGCGCGAACCACCGUCCAGCGCGAACCACCGUCCAGCGCGAACCACCGUCCAGCGCGAACCACCGUCCAGCGCGAACCACCGUCCAGCGCGAACCACCGUCCAGCGCGAACCACCGUCCAGCGCGAACCACCGUCCAGCGCGAACCACCGUCAAGCGCGAACCACCGUCCAGCGCGAACCACCGUCAAGCGCGAACCACCGUCAAGCGCGAACCACCGUCAAGCGCGAACCACCGUCCAGCGCGAACCACCGUCAAGCGCGAACCACCGUCAAGCGCGAACCACCGUCAAGCGCGAACCACCGUCCAGCGCGAACCACCGUCAAGCGCGAACCACCGUCCAGCGCGAACCACCGUCAAGCGCGAACCACCGUCAAGCGCGAACCACCGUCAAGCGCGAACCACCGUCAAGCGCGAACCACCGUCCAGCGCGAACCACCGUCAAGCGCGAACCACCGUCCAGCGCGAACCACCGUCAAGCGCGAACCACCGUCAAGCGCGAACCACCGUCCCGCGCGAACCACCGUCCCGCGCGAACCACCGUCCAGCGCGAACCACCGUCCCGCGCGAACCACCGUCCAGCGCGAACCACCGUCCCGCGCGAACCACCGUCCAGCGCGAACCACCCAGCGCGAACCACCGUCAGGCGCGAACCGUCCAGCGCCGCCUCGAGCUGCGGGCGAGACCUGUGCAUUUUCAUGAGUCUGUCCCGAGAGGCACUUACCAAAGGGCGUCUCCCGCGUCUCUCCUGCCGUGGCGACGGAGGAGGCGGCGGGGGACGGGAGAGUAGAUCAAAGCUCAUAAGACUUCGGGAUCAGGUGUUUGUUUAUUUAUAG